CUAUGGUUGCUACUCGGAAGCAGGACUAUGGAGUAGGACAAAACGGUUCAAAACAUAAUGACGGUAACAAAGAUGAAAUUCGUGAGCACGAAGCUGGUGGUUCUAAUUUUGAGUUACCGUCUACUCAAAAAAUAAAUAAAAGUAUUACCCCAAACACUUCGAGACGGCGACGAGCCAAUCGAAAAUCACAAGAGAAAAAACCGGUUACAAAUAACAUCAAAACACCUGUUCAAAUACCUGAUGAUCAACCGGCAAUUGUUAUUCCAUCUUACACCCAAAAAACGAGGGAGAGACCGUUAGAAGAUCAACCAAUUGAAAAUUUUAAUCCACAAACAAUAGAAACAACAGAAAGGCCACCAAUAAUUGAUAAUAUUGCUAUAAAUAAUAUACA